AUGCGUCCCUUCUACUCCGCUUUCGUAGCAGCCAUUCCCUUGGUUCUCGGCAACUUCGAUGCCUCCCAUGUCUCUUGGUACAACACACCGGCCAACAACUUCACCUCCACCCUCCCCAUCGGUAAUGGCAGACUGGGCGCCGCCAUCUGGGGCACCGCGACCGAGAAUGUCACCCUCAAUGAGAACUCCAUCUGGAAUGGUCCGUUCAUCAACCGCGUCAAUCCCCGCUCAUAUGAUGCCCUCUGGCCAGUUCGGUCGCUUCUGGCACAGGGGAACAUGACCGAGGGGAAUGAUGUUACUUUAGCAAAUAUGGUUGGCAUCCCGGAUUCACCGCAGUCCUUCAGUGCCCUUGGAUCGCUAGUACUAGAUUUUGGACAUGACCAGGCCGGGAUAAGUAAUUACACCAGAUAUCUAGAUUUGAGGACUGGUGUGGCAGUGGUGGAGUAUACUUAUCGUGAAGUGCAUUAUCGACGAGAGUAUGUGGCCAGCUAUCCGGAUGGUGUCGUCGCUGUGCGGCUGUCAUCGAGCCAGCCAGGAAGAUUGAAUGUGGCUUCUUCGCUGGCUCGUGAUCGAUAUGUCGUUUCAAAUCAGGCAGCCGUCUCCAGUGAUCUCGGAGUGUUGACGCUGAGGGCUUACUCGAAAAACAUUUCGGAUCCCAUACAGUUCACGACCGAGGCUAGAAUUGUCUCCGAUGGCCGAGCCACAAGCAAUGGAGUCUCCCUCGUAGUCCGAAAUGCAUCGACAGUCGACAUCUUCAUCGACACUGAAACGUCCUAUCGCUACACCACCCGAGAAACCCGGGAAGCAGAAAUCAAAGACAAGCUUGACACUGCCUCGAGAUCAGGGUUUCUUACCGUCAAGCAGAAUGCGAUCGCCGAUUAUUCAACUCUGGCGCAGCGAGUCGACCUGAACCUGGGCUCCUCUGGCUCAGCGGGCAACCUGCCCACCGACACUCGAUUGGUAAACUAUCGCACUGAUCCUGACAGCGACCCUGAGCUAGCUGUCCUCAUGUUCCACUUUGGCCGGCACUCGUUGAUCGCCUCGUCGCGCGCCACUGAGUCACCGGCCCUACCGGCCAAUCUACAGGGUCUAUGGAACCAGGAGUUCGAUCCCGCUUGGGGUGGGCGAUUCACCAUCGACAUUAAUCUUGAGAUGAACUACUGGCCGGCAGAGGUCACCAAUUUGGCUGACACAUUUUCACCGUUCAUUGAUCUGCUGGACAUCGUACAUGGCCGAGGGCUGGAUGUAGCUGAAAGCAUGUACCACUGCAGCAACGGCGGGUAUGUCCUUCACCACAACACCGACCUCUGGGGCGAUGCUGCUCCCGUCGAUAAUGGGACCACCUGGACGAUGUGGCCGAUGGGCGGGGCAUGGCUGUCGGCUAAUCUGAUUGAGCACUAUCGAUUCACACGGGAUGAGACUAUUCUCCGGGACCGCAUCUGGCCACUUUUACAAAGUGCUGCGAGGUUCUACUAUUGUUAUCUCUUCCCUUUUGAGGGCUACUAUAGUACCGGACUCUCACUGUCGCCGGAGGCAUCCUACAUCGUGCCAGAUGAUAUGACCACAGCGGGCAACGUAGAGGGCAUAGACAUUGCUCCCACGAUGGACAAUUCUCUGCUCCAUGAGCUCUUCCAGGCUGUCACUGAAACAUGCGACGUGCUGGGAAUCAACAACACAGACUGCACCACCGCUGCAAAGUACCUCUCGAAGAUCAAACAACCACAGAUCGGCUCCUCCGGUCGGAUCCUAGAAUGGCGACUGGACUACGAAGAAUCCGACCCCGGCCAUCGACACAUGAGUCCGAUCGUCGGUCUGUUCCCCGGCGAUCAACUGGCCCCGCUCGUCAACGAAACGCUCGCCACGGCCGCCAAAGCGUUCCUGGAUUGGCGCAUUGCGCACGGCAGCGGAAGCACCGGCUGGUCGCGCACCUGGACGAUGAAUCUGUAUGCCCGGCUAUUUGAUGGCGAUCAGGUCUGGAACCAUACGCAGAUCUAUCUGCAAAGGUUUCCCAGUCCGAACUUGUGGAACACGGAUUCAGGCCCGGAUACUGUGUUCCAAAUUGAUGGGAACUUCGGGUUUACCUCCGGAAUUGCGGAGAUGUUGCUGCAGAGCUACCAAGUUGUACAUUUGCUGCCGGCGCUUCCAGCCGCUGUGCCGAGUGGACAUGUCUCGGGCUUGGUGGCUAGAGGGAACUUUGUCGUUGAUAUGGCAUGGUCGGGGGGUGUCCUGACGGGGGCGAAUAUCACCUCGCAGAGUGGCAGCACGUUAGAUAUUCGUGUCCAGGAUGGGUUGAAUUUUACCGUCAACGGAGAAAGAUAUACGGGAGGUAUACAGACAGAUGCUGGGAACGUGUACACGGUUGUGCCUGUCUAG